AUGUUGAAAUGCAUGACAUUUACGAACGAUUAUUUAAGUGGCGCGGGACAAACCUCACAAGGAUUAUUUGUGAGUAGCGCACUUACAGUAUUUCAAAAAACAAUACAAGAAACUCAGGAUUUAUCAACAAUGAAUUUAAACAAAGCAACGAAAGUUUAUAUUCGAUUGAUGUUUUUACGAAUCGGUGAAAUUGAUACAUUGAAUGAGAAAUAUCAAGCUCAAGCGUCGAUUGAAUCACGUUGGUCGAUUGAAUUAGACAAACUUCUUCCAAAUCUUUCCGCCGACGAACAAAAACGUUUGAUUGAUGGCAAAUCGGUUUCGUUAGUCAAAUACGCGGAAUCUCAUUGGCAUCCACAAUUGUACAUCGAAAACGCUCUCGGUGAUUUGAAAGAGCAAAUUCGAUACAGCGCAAAGAAAUCGAAAAUUGAUUCGCAAGUUUAUAUUUGUGAACAUCGCGACAUCAAAGGCCUUUUCUGGGAGAAACUCGAAUUACAUCAUUUCCCAUCAGAUGUUCAAGAUUUGUCUAUAUCAAUUGCAUCGUUACUCUAUGAUGAUAAGGUUCUGUUAACUACUGAUCCCUAUCAUUCAAGUGGGGUCAAUCGAGAAGCAUUUGUUGAUCAGCAAGAAUGGUCGUUAUAUGAAUAUGUUGAUACGAAACAAAGGUAUAUUAAAGAAUUUCUUUUUCGAGGUGGAAAUGGCGAAGAAGAGGAAGAAGAAGAAGAAGAAGGAGAAGAAAAGGCGGAUAGUAAUAAUGAAGAUUCAAAUGCAUUGACAAAUAAGGAGAGAAAUCGAUCAGUCGUCACGGUGACCUGUCAUGCAGCUCGAUGUUCGAAUUAUUUCUAUUGGAAUGGUUAUUGUCUAAUAAUGUUAAUCACAAUCGUUUCUUUUUGUGUUUUUGCUAUUCCACCGAAUCUUUGUCCAAAUCGUCUCCAAAUCAGUUGUACUCUUCUGUUAACAUCGAUUACAUUCCGUUGGACAGUAAACCGAUCUCUUCCUACAAUAUCAUAUUUAACAACAAUGGAUAAAUACGCUAUCAUGUGUUUAUUUAUCCUUGUUAUUCUUUCGGUUUGGCACGCUAUCAUCGGUGCUUUGAUAUUCCGUGGUACACCUGAUUCUCGGCUGACUCCUCAAUCGUGGUACUUUCAACUAGAUCAGUAUGUCUUUUAUACUUCCGUGACAAUUUAUCUCCUGAUUCAUGUGAUCAUUGGCAUUUGGAUGUUCUGUGUUCCAUUGAAACUUCGUCGAGAUUUCAAACGAAAAGAUGUGGAAUAUCGGAAGACACUUUCGAUAGAAAUGAAGAAGAAAAGCAGAAAAAACGGUGAUUAUGUUCCAAUUACAAUUCAAAGCUAA